AUGAAUGCGUCACUUCGGCGACCGGGUGCGACGAAAGAGGCCCGAAGGAUCGUUCUCGCUGUCAUAGGUGCACAAUCCAAACCGCCGACGGUGCAAGAGAUAUUCAAGCUUGCUGUACAGCACGAGGCGUCGCACGAGCCCUCAAGCUCGCCCUCUUCUAUGGAGGCUACCACCCCUUCUUUCGAUCGGAAACCACAGCCUCGAUAUCCCGACCAUGAGAUUAAGUCCAUGAGGUAUCUCAAAACCGUUGUGCUUCCAUCCUUAUUGCAGACCAAGAAUGUGCAGAAAGUUCACAGCGCGGAGGAGCUCACGCCUGAACAGCUAGAGCAAAGGCUGCAGACUAUGACACGUUCAUCUCGCAAGCAAGCUGCAUCUCUUUCGACUACCGUUGACGUCUGGCGAUGGCAACUCCGGACGUACAAAUAUAGUCCGCCUAAACCUAAGACAGAAUCUGUUUAUGGAACAGAAGUGGGGGUGGGGGCGGAUUGGUCUCAUCUAAACAAGCGGCGGCAGAGGUCACGAUCAAUGUCGAUAGCAAGGGACGUUGGCUGGCUGGAGGAGCUGGACAAGGCCCGAGAAGAAGGCAGGAAGGCAGCAGAUGAGAUUGCAUCAUGA